UAAUAGUUAAAUCAAACCAUAAACCAUCGCUUUCUGAACGUCAUGUCAAAUGCCUUUACAUUUUGAUUUUUUAACUUUUGAGUUUGACAACUUUGACAUUUUCCUAUAAUUUCAAGCUGCAAUUAACGUUUCUAAAAAUUCGUAAAUCAUACAAAAAUUUAUCAAAUUAAGCGAUUAAUUACUAAAUUACCCGCAAACACAACGAUCGAGUGCAUCCAUACAGUUAAAUUCACAAUUGGAAUACAAUUGGAAAACCAUCAGUUGCAUACGUGUAGAAUUUUGAUGUUCAACACAAUGCAUUAAUAUUUUUCUUGCUAAAAACGACUCAGUUAUGAAUAAAAAACCCACUAGAACCGGUCCAAGGAUUCGCAUCACCCGUCCAGCUAACAGAAAGAAGGAGGAAUUGCCAAAGCAGGAAGACAAAAGUUUUAUUUACACCUGCCAGUACUGUCGUGUGAAAUUCACUCAGAACAGCCAAUUCUUCCGUCACAUGACCACUAACCAUCAAACUCAACAGAAAGAGGCUACUUUCGAGUGUAAUGAGUGUCAAAUUGUGUUCUCCAAGAAGGCUACCCUGGAUUUACACUGUCAAACUCACCAUCAGAAAAGCAGUAAGUCAAAAUGUGAAUCGUGUGCUAUAACAUUUAAAUCUCGGUACUGUUUACGUCGUCACAUGAAACUGAAGCAGUUGCUAGCUGAAAACGCGUGUUUGAAAUGCCAGAAAAAGUUCACAACUAAGGAUAGACUGCUGAAACAUAUGACUAAUAAACAUACAUUCAAAAAUGUGACGUACGAUUGUGAUCAUUGCCCUCUAAAGUUCAAAGCUAAGCAGUCUCUGCUCACACAUCUGGAUCGGAUACACAAGAGGUUAUGAUUUUUUGGAUAAUUUUUAGUUUAGCUUAAGAUUUUGAUGUAAGUCUGUGGGUUUUUUUUUUGUAUAUGAAUGUUACCCUAAAAUCUCAGUUACUCUCUCUAUGCAUCACAGAAUACUUGAUAGUACCUUACAGGAAUGGAAUACUUACUCCUCGACGUUUAAAUAAAUAUAGGGACAAAUGGGGAUGCCUAUGUGAAAAAUAAAUUAUUUCUUUGUAAUCAUUUAAUAGAGCCUAGAGCCUUCCAAAAUUCGUGAAAUCCACAUUCGAUGCUAGUUAUAAGUUUGCUAACCAUUUUAAACGAUUUAA